AAGAAAGACAACCACGGUAACGGACCAAUCGAGACGGCAAAAGCACUGCGUAUCUUCUACCUGUUAGAGCCAUCGAUUGAUGUGGAGAGUUGGAUUGACACAUUCUUGGAGCACAUGGCGACCUAUCGUGUUAACUCAUCCUCAAGGCUCUACUGGACCUCGUCAAAGAGUUUGACAAGUGAAAUGGAGCGCAACAGCACGCUGCUGAUUCCCUUCAUGCCGUGGGCGGCGACGUUUUUACUGGUGUUCUGCAUGGUCGCCUGCUCGUCCAGAGAUGUUGUUAGGUACUGA